CCGGACUGCCCACAGCCCUGCCGCUGCCAUCCACCCGCUGCUGCUUCAGGACUGCAGCGGUUAAAAGCCGCACCGAAGAGCUGCAAUGCCGGCAGACUUGAAUGAUUUGUUAGAUGAAGUAAAGAAUACGCCCCCUAAGCACACUUUGGGCUAAAAAUGGACAACUCCUUUGUGGAAGAAGUGGCUGCAUCACUGGUGAGAGAAUUUCUCAGUAGAAAGGGUUUGAAGAAAACCAUCACUACCAUGGACCGAGAGCUUCCACGUUCUGCACUUAGCAUCAAUAACAGGAAUGAACUUCGAAAUGUCCUACAUCUGCACUCCUUGUACAAACAGAACAAGGCCAAGGAGAACCCACUGAAAACUCUUCUUGAAAUUAUUACUAAUUACUUCCUUGAGCACCAUGGGACUUCCAGAAGCAUCAGUUCAAGUUCUGCUCUGUCAGUUCCUCAAAGUAAGAGCUCAACAUCUCAUCCACCUGACUUCUUGGAUGAAGAUCAUGUGCGUGGGAGUGCCACUGUGCUUGAUGAAAGCGAAACUCAAGCCUACAGAUAUGAUGUUGAGAAUCCACUAGAUAAAAUCCUUCCAUCCAGAAAACAUCAGCACAAAAGUGAAAAAUGCCACACAGGGACAAUACACAACAGCCACUUACCCUCUGAUGGGGAUAAGAAGUUAAAAGAUAGUCAAGAAGAUUUAAAAGCAGCAACGAUUUCUGAGGAGCUGAAAUCCACCAUGAAGGAGAAGCCAAGGCCCAGGUCUGGUCUUAUUGUCAGAGGAAUGAUGGCUGGACCAAUAGCAAGUUCACCAGAGGACCUGCAAAAAAGGAGGCUUCCAAAACGAUCCACUAGCAUAAGCAGCACAGCACAGUUCAAGGGUGAAGAACAUGAAGAAAAUGAGCUGAGUGUCCCAAGUACUGAUUUUCAAGAAAGCAAAGGAUCUUCAACACAAGUAAGUAAGGAGUUUGCAUCAAAGACUAUGUCAAGCUCACACACAAGUUCAGCCUCUGAAAAACUAAGAAAUAUCCCCAAAGAUACAGAUGACUCUUUUGCCAAACUGCUGUCUGAAAGAGAGAGGACCAAGACAGAAGAAAGAAAAUCAGUUCCAAGCUUUGGUACAGACAGAAGUGAAAAAAGCCUUAAAGUGAGCGGCCCUCACAGACAUUCAGGGGCUGGGAGAGAGAAGAGAGAAAGAUCCCUCAAGAAAAAUGAGAGUCGGUUGUCAGGCCACAGGAAGUCUCCAACAUCCACUUACUGUAAAGAAGACCAGACGAAAGAUGUCCUAGAAUUACUUGAUGUUGAGGAUGAAGAAACAACUGGAGAAGUUAGUAAGAACCCGGAUCUUUCAACACUGUAUACGCUUCAAGUAGUAUCAAAGGCAAUUGAUAUUUCUCUUGCAAAAGAAUUAAAAAAUCUUUUGUUUGGCUCUAGUCUUUGUUGCUUCAGUGAAGAAUGGAAAAUACAGAGUUUUACUUUUAAUAACAUACCACAGUUAAAAUACGGCAUUGUGCAAAAAAAGGGUGGCCCAUGUGGAGUACUGGCUGCAGUUCAAGCUUGUGUCCUACAACAGCUUAUCUUUGCAGACAGUAACAGGAAUAAAGACACUCGUUGUCUUCAGCCCUCAGAAGUACACAGGACCAAAUGCCUCACCAUGGCUAUUGCAGACAUAUUGUGGCGUGCAGGAGGCAAUGAAAAAGCAAUUGUGGCACUGCCAUCAGGAAGACAGCAGUUCACUCCCAUAGGAAAAUACAAGGCAGAUGGAAUCUUAGAAACUCUAAUACUACAUAGUGCCACAAGAUACGAAGAUCUGAUUGUAUUUCUUCAGCAAAAUAUUCAUCAGUUUGAAAUUGGUCCCUGUGGGUGCAUCCUUCUGACUGUGUCUGUCAUCUUAUCAAGAUCUAUCAAUCUGGUGCGCAAUGAUUUUGAUGUACUUACAAACCGAUUGAUUGGCAGCCAUGGCUAUUGUACUCAGGAAUUGGUGAACUUGCUUUUGACUGGCAAAGCUGUGUCCAAUGUUUUCAACAAUGUGAUAGAGCUGGACUCUGGAAAUGGCAAUAUCACAAUACUGAAAGGUAUCACAAGCCGCAGUGAUAUUGGUUUGCUGUCUCUCUUCGAGCACUAUGAUGUUUGUCAGGUUGGUGGUUACUUGAAGACCCCUAAAUAUCCAAUUUGGUUGGUAUGCAGCGAAAGCCACUUCAGUGUGCUUUUUUGUUUGGAAAAGGAUUUACUGGGUGACUGGAAAACAGAGCAGAGAUUUGAUCUGUAUUAUUAUGAUGGCUUGGCCAACCAGGAAGAAGAAAUACGGUUAACAGUUGACACAACUCAGAUGUGCACUGAAGAUAAAGAAAAUGACCUUACUCCUCCACUUGAGCACUGUAUUAGGACAAAGUGGCAAGGAGCUGUUAUUGACUGGAAUGGCACAGAACCAAUAUUGUGACUGACCUGAGCUGCACUUUAUUUGUAAAGACAAAAAGGAAAUGACUGAAUUAGCGCAUUCCUAUUCCCACCAAUACAGGAAAUAGGACAAGAGUUGUGCAGUUUACGAUGAGGAAGAAUGGCAUGGUUUGCAGGCUGGAAGAGUUUCACCUCAAUCACCUCGUGCUUCAGAUAUUUUGCUUAUAAUAUAAACAACACUUACGUAAAUUCCUUGUCACUGCCUUUAACAUACAGCUUCUGAGAGUAGACUCAGAUUCCACUACCAAACCAAGGUUACAGAUGAAGCAGUGAAGUCGUCAACGUCCCCUUGAGGUCUCUUUCUGGAUCCACUCUGUAUCCUGCAAUUGUUUCAAAGCAUCUGAUGAAAGAUGGUGAACCCAGAUUUCUGUCACUGUACAUGCCUUCUCUGUACUGCUUAGUUCUUCACCUACAAAACUCCAGUGCAAAUAUAAAAUAUCAUCCAAGAAAUAUAUAUUCACUUCUUUACCUGAUAUUAGUAAGUCUCGUUUUGCACUAAACAGAUUGGUAACCAUGUGGACUUUUCAGAUAAAGCCUGACCUAUACAAAGUUCUUGUGUCAUAAAAUUUGCAGUAAGGAUUGUGGUUUUGUGUUAUGAGAAUAAUAACACCAGUAUGUUCCUUAUACCGGGUGAAAUUGGUGUGUAACAGUGCCUCACACUGAUGUAGCACAUUUUUCUUUCUAGAUUAGAGAUAGCUCUAUCAGUAUCUUUACAUUUAUACCAUUGUAACUACUUAUACACUAGGGUUUAUUUACACCAAAGUGAUAGAUAAGAUCUGUGCUUUGCUUCUUCAUUACAAGAAAACAGAAGAGCUGUUAGAUUUGAAAUUUAAAUGGUGCCUAUCUGUGAUAGAUACCGUUUUUCAUGAUUAAAUAAAGUGCAUGUACUGAAAUGA